GCAUGGCAGGCGACGCAGCAGCGGCGCCGGCGAGCGGCAAUAUCGCCGGGAGCAGCAGCCGGGCCCGCGCGUUCACGUACGGCGAGCUCGCGGCGGCGACGGACAACUUCCAGGCGGAGUGCCUGCUGGGGGAGGGCGGGUUCGGGCGCGUGUACCGUGGCCGGCUGGAGAGCGGGCAGGUGGUGGCGGUGAAGCAGCUGGACCGCGAGGGGGCGCAGGGCAACCGCGAGUUCGUGGUGGAGGUGAUGAUGCUGAGCCUGCUGCACCACCCCAACCUGGUGAACCUGGUGGGCUACUGCGCCGACGGCGAGCAGCGGCUGCUCGUGUACGAGUACAUGGCGCUGGGGUCGCUGGCGGACCACCUGCUGCUCAUGCCCGGCGGCGGCAGCCCCGGCGGCGACGAGCGGCGCGCUCUGAGCUGGGAGACGCGCAUGCGCGUGGCCCUGGGCGCCGCGCGUGGCCUCGAGUAUCUGCACGAGACGGCCAACCCGCCCGUGAUCUACCGCGACCUCAAGUCCUCCAACGUCCUCCUCGACGACGCCCUCUGCCCCAAGCUCUCCGACUUCGGGCUCGCCAAGCUCGGCCCCGUCGGCGACCGCUCCCCGCGCGUCAUGGGCACCUACGGCUACUGCGCCCCCGAGUACGUGCGCGCCGGCAACCUCACCGUCAAGACCGACGUCUACAGCUUCGGCGUGCUGCUGCUCGAGCUCGUCACCGGCCGCCGCGCCAUCGACUCCUCCAGGCCCCCCGCCGAGCAGCUGCUCGUCGCCUGGGCCCGCCCCAUGCUCCGCGACGGCAAGAGGUACCGCGAGCUCGCCGACCCGCUCCUCCGGGGGGCCUUCCCGGAGAGGGACCUCAAGCAGGCCGUGGCCGUGGCCGCCAUGUGCCUGCAGGACGAGGCGUCCGCACGCCCGCUCAUGAGCGACGCCGCCGUCACGCUGGAAUACCUCGCCGAGGCGGCGGCGGCGGCCGAUGCGGCACCACCGAGCACCAGCUAGCUCUAGCCGGCCGCAGGCCAGGAUAUACGUACAUACUGCCAUGUAUAUAUAUACUGUACGUAUUAU